AUGAAAUCUCUAGAAGAUCAAGUUGUACAGGAAGAACUAGGAUACCAAGAUGAAGAGGAAUCAUUUUUCCAGGACAUUGAUCUGUUACAGAAGCAUGGAAUUAAUGUGGCGGAUAUUAAGAAGCUGAAAUCAGUAGGAAUUUGCACAAUCAAAGGGAUUCAGAUGACAACUAAGCGGGCAUUAUGUAACGUGAAGGGACUUUCAGAGGCCAAAGUAGACAAGAUAAAAGACGCAGCCAACAAACUUAUAGAACCAGGGUUUCUGACUGCUUUUGAGUAUAGUGAGAAGCGAAAGAUGGUAUUCCAUAUUACCACUGGAAGCCAAGAAUUUGAUAAACUCCUAGGUGGUGGGAUUGAAAGCAUGGCAAUCACAGAAGCCUUUGGAGAAUUCCGAACAGGCAAAACUCAACUUUCCCAUACUCUUUGUGUGACAGCCCAACUUCCAGGAGCAGAUGGAUAUACAGGUGGGAAAAUUAUUUUUAUUGAUACAGAAAACACAUUUCGUCCAGACCGCCUUCGUGACAUUGCUGAUCGCUUCAAUGCAGACCAUGAUGCAGUUCUUGACAAUGUAUUGUAUGCACGGGCUUAUACUAGUGAGCAUCAGAUGGAAUUACUUGAUUAUGUUGCUGGCAAAUUCCAUGAGGAACCUGGCAUCUUUAAACUACUGAUAAUAGAUUCCAUUAUGGCACUGUUUCGUGUGGAUUUCAGUGGUCGUGGGGAAUUAGCUGAAAGGCAACAGAAACUUGCUCAGAUGCUCUCAAGACUUCAGAAAAUAUCAGAAGAAUAUAAUGUAGCUGUGUUUGUGACUAACCAAAUGACCUCUGAUCCAGGAGCAACUAUGACCUUUCAGGCUGACCCCAAGAAACCCAUUGGAGGUCAUAUCCUUGCUCAUGCUUCUACAACAAGGAUUAGUUUGCGGAAGGGAAGAGGAGAAUUACGUAUUGCCAAGAUAUAUGAUAGUCCUGAAAUGCCUGAAAAUGAAGCCACAUUUGCAAUAACUGCUGGAGGAAUAGGAGAUGCAAAAGAGUAG